AUGAUAAAACAAUUUAUACAUCCUGAAACAUUCUUAAUUGAAAGUCCACAAGCAGCUUCAAGUUCUUCAUCUGAUGGUAUUAAUCCCCAAAAUCAAAUUCAAAAUCAACCAGUAGUUAAUUUUAACUCAAAUGAAAUUAAUAAUUUAAAUUUUAGAAAAUCAUCACCAAAUUCUUUAAGAGUUUCUAGUUUUACUUAUUCAAGAGCUAUUUCACAAGAUCAUGGUACUGGUAGUAAUAAAUUUCCAACUGUUAAUGCUGGAAAUAAUGGAAAUGGUAGUAAUAAUAAUUUAACUAGUAGCAAAAGGUCUAAUUUUUUAAAAGUUUGUUCAUGGCCAUUUACUCGAUCUGAUACUAUAUUAGAAAAAAAUGAUGAAUCUGUUAUCAAUGAACUGGAUUAUCAUCAACCAAAUAAUAGUGAGUCAAACGAGCAAAAUUUGAAAGCUCCACAAUUUGUAUCUCAUCAAAAUCAUCAAAAACCAUUGGCAGGCAAUCCGACUUUAGUUAAUAAAAAUGAUCAAUCUCAUUAUAAUGAGAAAUUUAGUAAAGUUUUAUUUACAAGAAGAAAGCAUCAACAACAUUUACAACAACAAGCUCAACAACAUACUUUUAAUGAAAAUAUUAGAAGAUGUAUAAUUGUAUCAAAUUUAGAUCAAUCAAUGGGUGUAAAUUCAGUAAUUCAACAAGUUUGUGGAGGUCCUUUAGAAAAAGUUAUUAAAUUACCAAAUAAUCAAUUAGAAUUAUAUUUUAUUUUCCCUCAACAAGCUAAACAAUUUUAUCAAUAUGGUAAAUCUACUGGACUUUUGAUUGUAAAUGGUAUUAAAUUAAAAGUUGAAUGGUCUGAUCAAGAAUUUUAUAGUAAUAAUGGGUAUAUAAAUCAAAAUAUGAAUGAAGAUAUUGAAAAUUAUAAUGGUGUUCCAAAUAAUAAUUCAAAUGUUAUGAUCGCUGGUAUUAAUAAAUCAUCUAUAACUCAACCAUUUUCAAAUAUUGUAUCACCACCAAUGAAUUAUACAUUACCUAAAUUUUUAUAUAAUGAAAUUAUAUCAAAUGGAUGUAGAAGAUGUUUAAUUAUUUCUAAGAUUAUAGUUGGUAAAAAAAUAAGACAAGGUGAUAAAAUGUUUUAUCCAGAACCUGAAAUUCAUUAUUCAAAAAAUUUACAAAUUCAAGAUAUAAAAAAUGAUUUUCAACCAUUUGGAGAAAUAAUGGAUAUUGGUUCAGUUAUUUCAAGAAAAUUAAGUUUUAGUGUAUUUUAUUUUGAUAUUAGAUCUGCUAUUUUAGCUAAAACUGAAUUUGAAAAAAAUGGAAGUGAAUUAAGUGAUAAAUAUAAAGAUUGGAGUAUAUGGUAUGGAAAAGAUAUCACCGAUCGUGCUUGUUUUGUUUUAUGA